AUGACUGCAGUUAACAGUGAAAAAGCACUUGAAAAUGGAGAAAAAAAUAAUGCUCCUGAAGUACCUGAUGAGAACGAUAAGGAUAGCGAAAAUGAAAGUCAGGUAGACGAUAAAGAAUUGAAGUCAGACUCAAAAGAAGCGGAAAAGAAUGAACAAACUCAACGUGAACGCGUGUUACAACAUCUUUAUAAAGAUCCAUCAUUCGCAAUAAUUUGCAGCUUUUUCAACAGGUUUGGGAACUUAUUGGGAUUGAAGCCACAAAGUUUUGCCAGAACCGAACAACUUCUAACCAGCUUUCAUGAAACCGGAAGAGAGAUAAUUUUAUUUUCAGUUGAUCGCGAUCUUAUUGAUCUUCAUUUGACUUUACUUCGGAAACUAAAUUUCAAAUCAGCACGAGCACCAGUUUGGGAAAAGUUUUUACUUAAGUUUUGUUCACUUACUGCAAGUCUGGGAAGUGAAUUUCUCCAGUUAGAAAGGUUUGGCUACCUGAAUACUCCCCCGGCCACGAAACUUGCUGUACUGAAGGCGUUAUGUGAAGCUCAAUUUGAUUUUAAUCUUAAAUUCAAAGAAACAGUUUCAUCAAUUCGUGGAGCCGCUAACUUUCGAUUAUUACCAGUCGGAAGUGAUUAUCACGGCUUAGCUUAUUGGUAUCAGCAAGACUCAUAUUUAAAUAUUCGAGUUUAUACUGAGGAGCCAGACGACCACUCAGGGAAUUCAUGGUCUCUUGUAGCUAAGUCAAAGGAAGAACUGGAAACACUUUUGGAUAAGCUUAAAGCGUUUUGUAAGGAGAAAGACAUUUCAAAAUUUACUCCGAGGAGUGAAGUUCUUCGAAAAGCUGAGGAUGAGAAAGUUAACAAAGGCCCGUAUGGUUUUGAAGUUGGAACGAGAAAAGGAGAUAUUCUUGACCUUUUCAAGGAAGAUUUUCUUCUAGCAAAAGUUAAUCACAAGGAAGAGAAGGCAGAGAAAAAUAGAAAAAAAAAUUUUUCUGUGGAGAAAGGGGAAAAAGAGGUGGCUGAAUCUGUUGAGGAACUGGAAAAUGCUAUUGAAGAUCUUACUGAUAGGCGCGUUUUACCCCGUCGAAGUGCUAAGAAUGCUGCGAUUAACCAUUUAAAGGAAUUAACCUCACCAACAAAAAAGGUGGCGAACAAAGAAAGUGGGAAGAAAAAAGGCCGUUCAUCGAGAAAUGUCAAGCCAACUAAAAGUGAAGAGUGUUCUCCUGUUCGAGAAAACAACGCCUCGGGUUGUGAUGGUGAUGAGCCGGAUGAUGCGGGUGAAGACUACACACUUUUUGAAGAUGAUGAGGAUAGUGAUGAACCAUCUUCUGAUGAUGACUUUAUGCCUUUGUCUGAAAUUAAGAAGAGGGGGAAGCGUAACCGAAAGGGCAAAGGAAAAAAAGGUGAUCAUGAUGUUUAUGAAAUGGAAGACUAUGAGCAGGAAGAAGAUGACGACAGUGAAGAGGAAAUCAAAAAGGAGCGGAAGCAAGCAACUGUUGAAACUUUAUGUAAAAACUGUCAAAAAAGCAGUAAUCCUGAAGUGUUAUUAUUAUGUGACAUGUGCGAUGAUGCUUGGCAUACGUGGUGUCUUCAUCCCAUGCUAUGGUAUGUUCCUAAUGGAGACUGGUUUUGCCCUAGGUGUCAUCAUUUGAUGCUUAUAGACAAAUUUGCUUCUAUUGUUGCAACAUUAAGCGAGCAGUUGAAACAGAAGAUUGCUGAAGAUAAAAGGAAGGAGGCAGCAGCUGAGAGGCUGAAACGUGAGAUGGAUUAUAUUGGUAUAUCAGUGAAUAACAUCAUUCCACUAAAUUCAAGCCCAAAAACCGAGGACAAUUCAGACGUGUCUGAAGAAUCAACAGAUACUGACGAUGGGGAAAGGAAGUCAAAGAAAAGAGCAAUUAGGAGGUUAGGAGUACGUCCUGAAAGACCAAUUAUUCCAAUUGCAUUAGGCAGAUCCAGGCGUCAUGUUGCAAAAGUGGAUUACAACUUUGGAGCUUACGAUGAACUUAUCAGGGAAGCGAUGGAGAACAUUGAUGCGUCUGCAACAAAACAGAAAAUGAGUAAAGAUCCCAUUCGUCCUCAAGGAGGAGCUGGCCGUGGCAAGGAUAUGUCUAAUAUUCUUAAUGCAGAACAGAAACGGCAGUCAAGUGUUGAUACUUCUGCUGGGGAAGAGAGAUUACGAAAAUCGUGCACUCGAAAGACUCCGAAAAGCCAUCAUCGGUUAAAUGAUUUGGACGUUGACGAAAUGACAGAAUCUGAGUCCGACGAAUAUAAAGCUAGCGAAGAUGGGUCAGAAGCAUCAGACGUUCCUUCUGAUGAUUUCGAUGAGUAUGUCCCCUCAGAUGAAGCUCCCAGACGCAGAAGUAAUCGUCGGCGCAGAAGUGACGACGAUUUUGUAGUUUCUGGUUCCGAGAGUGAUUAUUCUCCUUCUGCAAAAAGGUCUCGGAGAGCAAGGUUUUCUGAGAGAGUUUCUUCUGAUGAUGAUUCCACAUCUGAAGAAUCCUACUAUUGUUCAAGUGACGAUAGUGCAGCAGGAAAGAAGAAACGUAGAUCUUCUGUAGGUAACAAGUGGGCACCUCCUGCAAGCAGCUCUGAUGAAGGUUCUGAAUAUAAUAUGAAGAGUAAUACUGGGAGACCUCUUCGAAAAGCUGUUUACAAGAAGAAGAUGAUUCAGAAAGAAGAAAGUGAAGAAGAGGACGAAGAAGAUAGCGAACAGGAGUCACAUACCUCCCAAUCAAACCGUAAAAAGCGAAAUUCUGAUGAAGCUUUUUCACCUGACGAGGAUGAAGAGGAGGAGGAGGAGGACGAAGAGGAUGAAGAAGAAGAGGAAGAAGAUGACGAUGACGAUAAUGAUGGUGAGGAAGAGGAAGAGGAAGAACAUGAUUCUGGGGUAAAAAGCAACACUACAGAGGAAGCUGAGAAAAAAAUUCAGGCGAAAAAUGAUGAGAAGGAUGAUGUUGCAAGUAGCUCCAAAAAAACUGUUGAAGAAAAAAAGAUUGAGGAGCAUGAUGAAGAAAAAGAAGGUUCGAGCACAACAGAGAAAGAUGUUAGUCAGAAACAACAGCCAUUUAUUCAGCAAGAGUGUGAAAAUAAAGGACUUAAGAGUCCUCCAGGACCGGCAGCUGAGUUGCCAGCUGUCAAAAAUGCAACAGGAAGAAAACCCCAGAGUUCUUUCGUACCGUUUAAAAGAGAAGUGGAUACUGAUUUUCCAUCGACUAGCAGACCUGUUUUAGAAACACCACCUGCGCAGCUCCAUUACUCUGUUCCUUCGAAAGUAACUGGGCCUAUGGAAAAUCCUUCGGUGGUAAUGCAGCAAAUGGCUCAGCUUGCAGCGGCUACACCAAUGUCUCAUUACAUUCCUAUUGUGAAUCCUUCGCAGGCGAUGACUGCACCACCGCCAUUUCCAAACGCGCUUGGUGGGUUUCUUCCAGAGAAAAUUCCUUAUCCAGGUCCACCUCCUGCAGCCUAUACGGUACAUCCUUUGGGGUUUGCGAGGAUUCCAACUGCAGUGCCAUCACCUAUAAGGCCUAGCGUACCACCUGAGGCUUGGCAACCUUGCUCUUUGCCCCACAAUGUUUUUGCGCCUCCUCCAAUAAGGGUGUCCUCAUCGCCUGUUCAACCACGCAAUCGGCCACCACCGUCUCAGAAUCCUUCCGACCCAGAUAGCCUUGGUAAUGCUUUGGCUUCAGCAAUGGACUAUUGA